AUGAACUCUCAUGAUCAUUUGCUGUCACAAAACGACUUUGCAAUUUCCAGAUCCAGAUCUAUAGGUAACAGAUCUCGAUCAAAUUCAGUUAAGCGGACCCCUAGACCUGGCUUCAUCCAACAGCCCUUGCCAAACAUCAAUAACAACUAUCAGACAACUACCAAUGGCGAUUUCAUGGGUAAUGCUCCCCCAAUAAAUAGUCCGAAUAUGGGUUAUAAUGCUACUCCAAAUAUGGGUUAUAAGCAAGCCUACAAUUCUCCGGGUAUGCCCGCUAAUGUUUCGCCUCUGCCAAUGCCUUUGGGAAGAAGCAGAACAUUGCCUGGCAAACCUGCGAUUCAAAACGGUAGGAUGCAUCCUGGUCAAUUUCAAAAAGCACCACCACAGCAACAACAACAACAACAACAACAGCUUCAGGAGCCUUACCAGUUUCAUCAGUCCUCUCAACCACAGUACCAGACUAACUCGAAUCAAAAUAUCCUUCCACGAGAUCAAAGAUCUCUGCCCCAAAGAUAUGAAGAAAAUUCACGUUCUCCAGCUCAUCAAUCAUUGAAUCGCUCCAAAACUUCGGCUGGAGCUCACAGUUUGCGUAAAAACAUGAGUUUGUUGAGGCGUAACCAAAACAUGCCUUCUCCAAUGCUACAAAAAUCUCCCCAAAAAUUUAAUGGUGUUGCAGAUAACGACGAGCAUGGAGUCUCUUCUCUAAGAUCUUUCGAUGUGUUGAGUAUUGAUAGUGAUGAUCAUGGUAGACAACCUAACCCUUUCAAUGAUGAUGUGAUUUCUUUGGACGAUGGCAGCGUUAAUCAGCAUCAACAAACUGAAGAAGCCAUCACUCUCAAUACCUUAUUGAAAUCUAUCAUGAAGAAUAGAAAAAUUAACAAGAUAAAGUUCGCCUGUGAUCCAGCAGCGCAAUAUAAUAUCAAAACUGCAAAUUCUUGGGUGGAAUAUUGUGAUUUGAAACCCAGUGACUAUGGGAAAAUGAGCAAUAGGUCCCUACAGAAACAAGAAAUCUUGUUCCAAUUGAUUAAAUAUCAACAGUUGAAUUCCAAAAAUGAUAAAAAGGAUAUUUGGGAUACAAUCGGUUAUGACUUUUUAUUUUCUCAAGAUGAAUCUAUUGUUUUUCCUGAAACAAAAGCUGAAGUUUACGACGAUUUCUUCGGUUACUUCAAUACGUUACAGCAACUCGAAGAAUUGUGUGAAAAGUAUUUGUACCAGCCAUUACUCGAUGAAUUAAAUAAAAAUAAAGAUGAAAGUGAAAGUAAGAAAAAAACUUCAUCGCAUAGACUAUUCAAUAUUAAUACCAUUUGUGAGAUUAUCAACACUUGGUUGUUUAAAAUUAUUGACAGUUAUCAAAUGUAUAUUAAUCAAUUGAUUGUCACGAAAUUUUGGCUUGAAAUGGAGUUAUUCAAAGACCAAAAAUCCAAUAUAUUUUUGAAUUGGUUAAAUAAUAAUUUCAAAUCUAAGUUCCCAUACCAGGAGCUCAUUUCUAAUUAUUUGAUUGAUAAUUUGAUUAACUAUGUGCAUUGCUUGGAAAAACUUUUGGAAUUGCAUUCGCACAAAAAAUCAUCCACCAGUUACAAGAAAAUUUCAAUUGUCUUGAAUUCUCUCCAGACAUUUGUUACUCAAUGUCACAGUCAUUAUUCAAGUAUGGAAUUCAAAAAUUUCUUAUCAAAGUUCAACUGGAAUUGCUCCACUGCUGGUAAUAUCCAGUUUAAAUGGAAGAAUUUAAAGAUUAUUAACAGAAAUAAAAUCAACAAUUCCUCCAACAAUAUAGAUUAUUUGAUUUUAUUUAAUAAUUGUUUAGUCCUUUGCAAGUUGGAUAUUUAUCUUAAAGAAAUUAUUGUCAAAGAAUAUCCUUUCCCAAUUGAGUUUUUGGAAAUCUGGGAUAUAAAUAAUAAUGAGUUGAAGCUCGUUCAUCGUGGUAAAUCUGGAAUAAGUUAUGAUUUAAUGUUCUUCGAUAGAUCUUUGAAAGAGCACUGGAAGAAAUUAAUCAUGGACACUAAAGUGAGCUAUAUUACUGAAAAAGCUCAAAUUGAUCCAUUCGAAAUGAUCCCAAUCACCACAAAUUUUGUUAAUGGUGAUAAUUAUAUGCAAAAUCCACAGGCAACCCAAAGUAAAUUAAAAUAUUACGAAAGUCAGCCAAUUUUGAACGCAUUGAAAAAUUCUAAAAACUUAGCUAAUAUUAACACAAUUAGCGGGAAAAUCUUGUGUUCUUUGACUAUGAAUUUCCAUGGCCAAACAUAUCAUUUAAUUGGUACUAGUAAUGGUCUAUUCAUUGAUGAUAUUAAUCGUACUGGCUUGAAUUGGAAAAAAUUGUCUGGGAUCAGAUAUGUUAAACAGGUUGAAGUGGUGGAAGAACAUAAUCGAUUGAUUGUCUUUGCUGGUGACCAAAUUGUUCAAUUUGAUUUUAAUAAUAUUAUUAAAAGUAUUCUUGAUACGAAUUACCAUUUGGUUGGGCACGAUCUUAGUAACCAAAAGGUUUUAUUUUUCAAAAUGGGUUAUAUUAAUGGAGAAUGGUAUUUGUUUUAUCGUUAUAUCCCUGCAACCAUUAAAAAAAAGGGCUUGGAGAUGAAUAAUAUCAAUCAAAAUCCUAGCAACUGUCAUUUCAAGAUUUUGAAGUUGAAUCCUCGUGGAGAAUUUGAAACUUUCAAGGAAUUUGCCUUAAAUGAUAUCAAUUGUUUUGAUGCCAUUCUAUUGAAAGACACCACCGAUAUGAUUUAUCUAUCCACGAACAGGGGGUUUGCUAAACUAUUAUUGAAAACUAUCACUUUGCUCCCACUUCAGAUCAUCCCAAGUUAUGUUUACAAUUCUCAGAACAAUUAUAGUUUAGACGAUCGUAUGUUUUUGCAGAAAAUUGAGCAAAAUUUGGGAAGCUCCAAACCAAUUAAGAUUAUUGAAACCAAUAAUCCAGAUGAAUUGUUGUUAACCUUCGAAACAUUUGCAAUUUUCAUCGAUAGAAACACCGAUUUGCUUUCAAGAUUCGAUAUUAUUCACUUCAAUGUUAAUGUUGAGAAUAUCGCAUUCAAGAAUAACGCGAUUUUUGCAAUCAGAAAUAAUGUUAUUGAAGUCUUCAAAAUCCAUAAUCAUCGUGUCCUGGAAAAUGGUCAAAGAAGCAACAAGUUUUUAAGCCAUGAGCAGGUUGUUGUUGCUGAAAAUAUCAGUUUGAUUGAUUCCAGCUCGUCAUCGAUUACUGUCGUUUUAGAUCAUCCAACGGAUGGUUCCUCUCAUCAGCUAGUGUUGCAAUUGGUUGAAAAGAAACAGAAAAAGGAGACACAAAAGGAAGUUAUUCGUGUGCAACAAAGCUUAGUUUACCAAGCCGAUAGUGACGGUAGUGACAGUGAUGAUAGUGAUAGUGAAAGUUCUGAAAGUGAAAGUGAAGAUCUGGAAUCUGAAGGAGAAGAUGAUGAUGAUGGUUAUAGUAACGAUAAGCGCAAAAGCAUGGCAAACAAUAAGUCCAGGGAAAAGAAAUUGGCUCUUGAGAAAAUGAGAAUUAUGGAUUCCAAUACGAGAUUACCAAACAACUGGAUCUCUUUAUGGGAACUAAACGUAAAUGACUUCAAUAGCAAUUUCAUCAAAUGCCAAGAGCUUAUUUAUCAAUUGAUGAAAACCGAAGAAGAAUUGAACUUUCAAGCAAAAAGUUUACACAGAAGUCUUGGAUUUAAGUUUCUUAGUGAUUCUGUGAACGAUUCAAUGAUCUACCCAGACUCAAAAGAUUCCAUUUAUCGUCACACGUUUGGUUGUUUGAACCCAUUGAUGAAUUUACAUGAAAAAUUCUUAUUGAGACCGAUGCUUGAAAUCUUGAAUUUGAAAAGUAAAGAGUUACCAUUGUAUGACAUCUUGACAUUAUACGAUUCAUGGAUUAGUGAAGCUACCUUUAUUUAUCUGGAGUAUGCCAGUAGAAUGAUCAAAUCCGAAUGGUUUUUCCAAUUACAAGAACGAAACGAAAAUGCCCAAUUUUUGCACUGGUUGAACUUUGAUCCAAUCAAAUUGAAAGAAAAAUUGGAGCUUUUUUAUACAAAUUUGAUUAACUUGGUGGAUCAUUUCCAUAUGAUGAUUCAAAAUAUUCAAAUCAAUAGAAAUGUUGAUUCUAAUAUCGAAAUUUUUAAGAUUGAAGCCAUUGCCAACAAGAUUCAAUCUUUGCAAGAGUCGGUGGCUUUGAAAUUAAAGACUGAAAAAUUCUCAACAAUCACAGAGUCUUUAAGUUGGGAAAUUGAAGAUGACUUAGCUAAAAAGAGUUUCUUAUCCAACUGUGUGAAGAAAAUGAUCAAGUUUGAUGAGAUUUUCAUCAAAGUAAAUGACGGUCAAAAUAAAAUUUACAAGAAAAAAAGAAUGAUUAUGUUGUUUCCAAAUUGGUUGUUGAUCAUCAAAUGUUACAAGGAUCAGAAAGUGUUUAAGGUUGUGGAAAACCCUUUGAAUUUGGACACUAUUUCUUUUGAAUAUUCAAAUUCAGACCAUAAUGCUAUUAAUGUUUAUAACAAUGGAGGUAAAAUUUUGUACAAGUUUGGUUUUGGCAGUAGAAUCGAAAAGAAGGAGUGGUAUGAUGCUUUUGCCGCUAGGGAAGAAAAUAAAUGA